AGACAAUCAGAUGUUCGGUCAAUUUUCAGUGGAGUGUGGAGUUUGGGGACGGUUCUGUUCGCCAUAUUUGUUGUUGUCGUCGUCUAUGGGGGAGGCCGAGAGUCGGACGGAUCGUGUCCUUUGUUUUGUUUAGUUUUCUAUAAAUGAAAAAUCGUUUGUUGCAAUGCUUACGUGACAUUUUCUUACAAUUUGGAAGCGAUUCGUUCGGGGGACAUUGUUUGGUAUAGUAGCAGUACAGAAGUGUAGUGAUUGAGUUGGGUUGCAGGGGUGAAGGUUCAGUUGUGACCCCCAGCUGCGGGUCAAGGUGCGUUCGUUGCCUAAAGGCAACCUCUUUGUUUGAAGGUGGCGGGCACCGGGAACAUUUCCGGGGGUGACGGUGGGGGCGGCGAUGUCGCGGCCGCUAUGUUGGACUGGGAGGAGGGUGACAGAUUUAGUUUUGAGGACUCGGACCGUUUUGAGGAGGACUCCUUGUGUAGCUGGAGCUCUGAACCUGAAAGCGUGUGCAACAACUGGCGGGGUUGGAAAAAGCCCUCAGUGGGCUCCAGCUCGUACACUUAUGGAAAUAACAAAAAGAACGGAGACGAUAAGCCGGUUAAAGUUCCGCCUUUGACGGAGUUGGCAGCGAAAUGCGUCGCGUCCCAUAUUCCGUUCGAGCUCGUGGAACGGGUGUAUCCGCCCGUUCCGGAGCAACUUCAGCUCCGGAUCGCUUUCUGGAGCUUUCCGGACAACGAGGAGGAUAUCCGGUUAUAUUCGUGCCUGGCGAACGGUUCUGCGGAUGAGUUCUCGCGGGGCGAGAGUCUGCAUCGGAGUCACAGCGUCAAAGAUCCGUUACAAAUUGGUUUCCACUUAUCAGCGAGUGUCCAACAAUUACCCCGCGGUGCCUACAACGUGGCCGUGACCUUCGACCGCCGCAGAAUCAGUUCGUGCAAUUGCACUUGUAGUCUCUCAGCCUAUUGGUGUUCCCACGUAGUGGCCGUAUGUCUCACCCGCAUCCACUGGCCACAUCUGGUGACGCUGCGGGCACCUGUUUCCGAAUCCUUGUCUCGUCUUCAUCGAGAGCAACUGCAGAAGUUUGCCCAGUAUUUGAUUAGCGAGCUGCCGCAACAGAUCCUACCGACCGCGCAGCGGUUGCUGGACGAGCUGUUGGGGUCGCAGCCGUCCGCCAUAAAUACUGUUUGCGGCGCCCCCGAUCCGACAGCUGGGGCUUCGGCCAACGACCAGACCUCAUGGUACCUAGACGAGAAGGCUCUCCACGACAACAUCAAAAAAAUACUGAUUAAGUUUUGCGUCCCCGCUCCUAUCGUUUUCAGCGAUGUAAACUACUUAAGUACGACGGCUCCACCUGCGGCGGCCGAAUGGACUUCUCUUCUGAGACCCCUGAGGGGCAGAGAGCCCGAGGGCAUGUGGAACCUCUUGAGUAUUGUUCGUGAAAUGUUCAAACGAAAUGAUCGGAACGCAAUCCCUCUUCUCGAAAUCAUCACAGAGGAGUGUCUGGCGUGCGAACAGAUUUUGGUUUGGUGGUUUAAUACCAAGGUGGCCCUGUUAAAUGGCGGUUCAGGUCAUGGGGUUAGUGGUGGCGGUAAACAUAAUAACGUCAAUAGCAAUAGUCAUGCAUCUCAACAUGCGUGUUCGUCACUUUGCGAUGAAAUCGUUAUAUUGUGGCGAUUGGCUGCCCUGAAUCCUGGUCUCGCGCCCCAAGAGCGUGACAUGCUCCAUAAUCAGUUUACAACAUGGCAUAUGAAAAUCAUGGAAAAAGUAAGUCGGUCGUCUUCUAACCCGUCCAAGACGAACAAGAGUUGGUAUUUGAAAAUGGACAUGGAAAUAUUUACCGGUUUUAAACCCGCAAUCGAAGCAUGCUAUCUUGACUGGGACGAUUAUCCCAUGCCGGGUAUCACAUAUACCGAAGACACAAACCCUAUGUACCAUUGUCCAUUUACUUGUUUCCGUCAUACAGCCGAGAACAGGACCGAGAAUGUAACACAGGUCAACUUUAGUCAGGCCGUUUUGAACAACGAACACCCUCAUACUACCAGACACGGUCACCAUUAUCAUCAUGGACAUCAUCAUCAUCACCAUCACGUGCCCAGAUCUCGAAUGACUCGUUUCGAUUUUCCCGACGUUAUGAGUAUGAAUCCGGUCGAGUUUCCGUCUCAUCUGCAACUGGAACGUUCUAGAGAUGGGACCAGGUCCAGUAUUAGUAGCGAGGGAUUUUGCGAAAACGAAGAUGAUGUCCUAAAGGAUAGUGGGAUUAUGUUACCCGGUGCUUAUAAGUCGAUCGAUUCUGAUUCGCAAGAAGGCGGGGGUUCGGAUUCCGCAAGUAGCAGUAGUAGUAAUGGCAGGAACCAGGUACCCAAUACAAAGCCAGAAAAUAUACAAGGUACUUCUCGUACGGACUGGGACGACCCAACAUCAAGAAGGCCCUCUAAAGACGAAAGCUCUUCGUCAUCCGAAUCACCUCAAAGCGGAGACGAAUAUACUGUAUAUUUCUACAAUCCUAAAGAUGUGGAUAAUUUGAGCACAAGUCCGAAAGAACCGAAAGCAGAAGAUACUGAUAACAGGAACGUCUUUUCUAACAUCAAAUUGGCGGAUGAUCCUUAUGAUGUACUUUUUGCAAGGGCGGAAGGACUACAUGCUCACGGUCAUAGUAAAGAAGCGUGUCUUUUGGGUGUUAAACUGGCCGAGGAGCUUCUUGCAAAUCCUCCGAAUCUUAUGAUCGAAAUUCCUCCAAUGCCAAAACGUAAAGGUAAAAAGCAGCAAGUGAACCCUGCGUCGCAUCAACUCAGUUGCUUAGCGUCCAGCACGCUCGCCAAAUGCGCGUUCUUGUGUAGCGUGUUGGCUGAAAACUCGGAAUAUUAUCAUUUGGCAUUUCGCGUGGGCAUGUUUGGUUUAGAAAUGGCACGUCCCCCGGCAAGCACUAAGCCUUUGGAAGUGAAGCUCGCCAAUCAAGAAUCUGAUCUCGUUAAUUUGCUAAAACGAAUACCUCUUGGCCUCAAAGAAUUAAAAAUUCUACGCGAAAAGGCGGAACAAUUAAAGGAAGGAACGUUAAAGUCACGAGGCGAAGCAUUACUUCCAAUCAUGUUGGCUAGUUUUGUCUUUGACGCGUUAGUGGUUCCUAGCUUGAUGGGGCGGGAUAGAUCCAAAGUUCUCUCAAUCCGUUUACCUACAGACGAAGCCCUUGGGUUUGAAGCAGCUGUAAUUGCUCUAGGGAUGAAAGCCAACGUUUCCGAAGCAGAUCAUCCUUUAUUGUGUGAAGGAACCAGACGCCAAAGAGGAGAUUUAGCGAUUGCGCUGUUGAUAUUCUAUAAAGAUGACAAUUGGAAAGUAGCUCGAAUCAUGGAUAAGCUACUAGAUCGAGAAGUUCAUCAGUUGAUCAAAACACCUAUUAUAAGCUCAUAUUAUUCGAACAAUCCUCCUCUUCGAAGCCAGUAUUCAAAUUUAAAGAGAGAAGAGUGUGACAAGGUUAUUUCACCGUUAAAUUCAUUCAUGCCAUCUUCUGACAUGAUGCCCUCAGAUAUGAAUUGUAAUAGUCGUCCGCAUAGCUCAACGAGCGCUGAGGUGGAGGCAGGCAUGGCCAAUUUAAGUUUGGCUGCAAAUCAAAUGCCUUCUCAAGCUCCACCCACACAGGUAACUACUCGGACGAAGGAGUCCCGCUACAAAAAACGUACAUAUCCUUCGAUUCCAAAUCAGCCUUCUGAAGCUGGUGCCCAUUUCAUGUUCGAAUUGGCUAAGACCGUUCUGGUAAAAGCUGGUGGAAACAGUAGCACAUCGUUGUUUACGCCUUCCACUAGCCAAAACCAUCAUGGUCCUCACAGGGCAUUGCAUAUGUGUGCAUUCCAACUAGGACUUUAUGCUCUUGGACUACAUAAUUGCGCUAGUCCCAAUUGGCUUAGUAGGACUUAUUCAUCUCAUGUGUCUUGGAUAACAGGUCAAGCAAUGGAAAUAGGGGCAGCUGCUAUAUCGUUUUUGAUAGAAACAUGGGAGGGUCAUCUAACACCACCCGAGGCUGCAAGUAUCGCCGAUCGUGCAUCUCGCGGCUGUGAUCCAAAUAUGGUUCGUGCUGCUGCAGAAUUAGCUCUGUCCUGUCUGCCACAUGCACAUGCGUUAAAUCCCAACGAAAUUCAAAGAGCAAUACUGCAGUGCAAAGAACAAAGCGAUAUUAUGCUGGAACACGCAUGCCUUACUGUUGAAAAUGCCGCUAAAGGUGGCGGUGUUUAUCCAGAGGUUCUUUUCCAAGUGGCGCAGUAUUGGUAUGAAUUAUACGUGCGUCAUACCCCUGGAGGCGAGCAAUUGCUCGUAGAAAAUGAAAUACCUCACGAACCCAUUCUCCUUGAUCCCAUUGUCGCACUUGUUGAUCUUAACGUUGCAAACUGUGAAGCGCAACAGAAACAGCAAGCUGUACCUGCAAAUCAGCCCCCCAAUAUGGCACCAGGGGCUCCUGCUCCUCCUCCUCAAGCCCAGGGCGCACAAGUGAUGGCCAGUGGUGGACCAGUAGUCGUUACAACUGCUCCGCCACCCCCAUACCAACAUCCUUCUGUAACAACCUUGGCCGCCCCGUUGGGAGUUUCUCUUCCAUAUGCCGUUGCCCCAUAUAGUUUCGCGGUCCAAAGUUUACAUCCACAUCCUCAUGUGACUGCAUACGGAGGAGGUCCUUUACACCACCAUCACCACCAUCACCAUCACCAUCCAGGUGUUCAAAUGGCACCUCAACCGCCUCCGCCGACGGCGCAUGUGCAAAUGUAUCACCUUCCGCCACCUCCGCCAGCUGCUCAAUUUCAAUACCCACCGCACACGGCUAAUCAACAGCAAUAUCAUCAUCAAGCAGGUCAGGCUGCAACGUUUAAUGGAGUUUCUCCGGGGCAACAAGGAGGAUUCACAGUACCACCUGGUGGAACAGGCCCGUCUCAAUAUCAGAUGCCCCCGCAAGGCGUUCCACCCAACUAUCAAACUGGUCAGCCCCCGGCAUACAAUAACAUGCCUGUCAGCACUGGUGGACCCAUUCAACAAAACAUUCAAUAUUAUGGUGCAGCUGUUACGAUAGCGCAAGCACCUAAUCUUCAUCCACCGCCGGUGCCUGCGGGAGCUCCUCAUAUGUAUCCAGUGUCGAUGCCUGCCCCUGGCGGAGGCCCCGGCCCAGGUUCGGGUCCUGCACCCAACAAUAUGUCAGCCCAACAGCCUUCCGUCAGGCCUCCACCUCACCGUCAGACACAGCAAUUCAGUCAGGCGCAGUUAUAUUACCUAUUAGCUGCUUACAGGGUGGGCAUGUUGGCUAUGGAGACUUUAGCAAGGCGAGUGCACGACGAUCGACCUCAGGCCAAGUAUGCCAGGAACCCCCCUUACGGAGAAGAUGUUAAAUGGCUGUUGCGUAUAUCAAAACACCUGGGCACGCAUUAUCUUCAUCAGUUCUGUAUUUGUGCCGUCAACUCUAUUGUAAGUCCGUUCGUGCUACACGAUGUGGCGAUCGAAUCUGCUCAAUAUCUAUCUCGUAAUAAUCCUGCCCUCGUGAUGCAGCAUCUUCGAACGGCACUUGCGCCCCUGGUACAGAAGUGCCAGCAGAUGUACAUACAGUGUAUGCAUCAGAAAUUGUAUCAUCUUAUGCCAAAUGAUUAUGAGGAGUUUGUAAGCAUCGUAUGUUCGGCUCGUGCCGCCUUUCAAAUUACGCCCGAAGGAAGCACCCAAUUCAAGGAAUGGCUUCAGUCUAUUAGAAGAUCGAAAUCCUGCAAGAAAGAUCUCUGGACUCAGAUAAAUACAGCCUUGCAGGCGAAUAAUAAAUGACAAAGGUCGCCGCUAGUUCAUCUGUU